AGCCAAUGGAAGCCGCAGCUGAGACCCCUCCCAUGCCCCCCCCCCCACCAAGGGGCAUCCAGGUCUCCUGCCUCCCUCCCUCCUGGCAUGCCUGGCACAGACGUGAGGAAUCUGGUGGCUGGCUUCAGGGUCUGUAGAACCCUCUCUGUCCUGUGGUUCCCAAACAGAGCCUCAGCGGUUCCAAAAAUGGCCUGGAGACAGCUCUUUCUGGCCUCCUGUCUCUCAUCUGCUGUGCUCCUGACCAUGCUGCAGGAGGGGACUGGUGCGUCAGUGGGUACCCAGCAGGUGGCAAGACAAGAUGUCCAGGAAGAUGUGAAACAGAAGAUCUUCAUGCAGGAAUCAGAUGCUUCCAAUUUCCUCAAGAAGCGGGGCAAGCGGUCCCCCAAAUCCCGAGACGAGGCCAACGCGGAGAACAGGCAGAAACUGCGGGCUGAUGAGCUGCGGAGAGAAUAUUACGAGGAACAAAGGAACGAAUUUGAGAACUUCGUGGAGGAGCAAAGAGAUGAACAAGAAGAGAGAAGCCGGGAAGCUAUUGAGCAGUGGCGCCAGUGGCACUAUGAUGGCUUGUACCCAUCAUAUCUCUAUAACCGCCACCACAUCUGAUCUCAUCUUGACAGACCACGGUGGAGCCUGAAACUCACAUACCCACCCCAGGUGUCUGAACAACACUUCCACGUGAACAGGCGCCUUCAAAGGGUCUCAACUUGGGGCCUGCUGUGGUAAACACACCUUUUGCUCAGAUGGAUUAAGAUACCCUGGCUUUUGCUUCUUUGCAGAUGAUUUUCAGAGGCGGGCUAACACCUGUGGGGCUUCCUAGCACCAAACCCACAGUGACUUCCCCUUACUUAGCCAUUGUUCCCACGGUAAGACUCCUGUCCUGUAGAACAAUGCAAAGGAUCACAGUAAAGAGAAAAGAUGACGUUUGCUUACAGCUUAGAAAUAAAAAUGCUGAGUCGUCGCUGUGUAUCAUCUUGUGAAAUCUCAAACCGAGUCAUGCCAACUUGUCUCCCUGAGCCUGACUGACCCAUUAUCACUGACUUAGGCAUUUGAAAGCCUGAACUCAAGGGAUACUGCUCAUGGUUUUCUCAGCCUGUCUCAGCAAGUCACACAAGUGAAAGAGAAAUGUUAACAUAAUUGUUUAGGUUAAGACCAUUCUCCAGGACUGUUACUGAGCCCAGAUGCUUCCUCACAUCUCUGAGGAGUCUCAGGGUUCAACUGUGGUUGCUUAACUACAUCAAAUCAAAAGGGAGGGUUAUAGCAAGGCCAGCUGUAACCAAAACUAUAAAGCAAAAGAAAUUUAGCUUUGGUAUUACCUCAUUUUCCCUCCUAGUGCCUGUAGGCCUUAGCUUAAGGCUUCCAUAGCAUUGUGUAACAAGCUGGGUGGCUUGACACAAUAAAAAUGGAUUCUCUUACAGUUCUGGAAGGUGGAAGCUCAAAUUCAAGCUGUCAGCAGAACCAUGGGUGCUCCUUUCUAGGGGAGGAUCCUGCCUUGCCUGUUGCAGCUUCUGGUGGUUCCAGGACUCCCUGGUUGGUGGCAGCGUCACUCCGAUCUCUGCGUCUGUUGUUACAGGGCCUUUUCUGUCUUCACAGCAUCUUGCCUCUAUGUGUAUGUGUCUCUUCUCUUCUUGAUAUCACU